AUGGGAAAUCCUGCUUCAAGGCUUGGUUGCCUUGGGGGGAGGAGAAACCGCUCACGCUUCAGCCCUAGGGCUCACACCAGCUCCAGGACCCAAGGAAAUCUCUCUCCAUCCAAAGCUCCUCAGGGUCCACUUCCACCAGGGAUCCCCUGGACCUGGUGGGGCUCCCGUGCUGUCCAGGUGACAGAGGUCACAGAGACGGUGGUGACAGAGACAGUAGUGACGGAGGCUGUGGAGAUGGGGCCCUGCAAGCAAAGAGGGCAGCCAGUCCAGGCGCCUCUAGCACCCCUGGACACACUGUGCAGCUGGCUGGAUGGCAUGGAGGAACUGCAGGCUUCACAAGGACCCCUGGCAGCAGAUGCCACCUUGGCUGCCUCACAGCUGCGAGAACAGGAGCUGCUCCUGCGGCUGCUGAGGGAGCGUGCAUCACACGUGGAGCCAAGAUUACGAGAGGCUGGGAGCCCAUCAGGGCUGUGCACACGAUGGCACCAUCUGGUACAACAGGCAGAAGCCAGGCGGAGGCUCCUGGAGCAGCUUGUUCCAGCAGCGCAGAGCUUUGAAACAGCCUGCCAGGCUCUGCUGCUGCAGCUGAGCCCGAGUGAGCGGCUACUGGCUGAGCUGCGGCUGGGGCCCAAGUGCCUUGAGGAAUCGUUGCCGUGCCUCCAGGAGGUGUGUGAGGGGAUUGUGGCACGUGCCAGGGAGCUGGAAAGGGUUUUGCAGACUGGCCAGAGGCUGGCAGAGCUACUUACUGGUGACCAAGCUCAGCUUGUGCGACAGCAGCUGAAUCAAUUCCAGGAUCGUGUAAAGCUGACUGAGUCACAAGUCGCCUGUGCCCAGCAGAAGCUGCUGUUUGCUCAAAGGCCAGAGUCCUCCAAGUCCUCACCACCGGCAGGCCUGGAGGCCCAGCUUGAACCGGAAGGGUCUGCCUCAGUACAUCCAGAGCCCAAGGCUCUGAAGCAGCUGAGUGCCCAGCUGAUCCAGCUAGCAGAGCGGCUUGAGCAGCUGGCACAGUGGGCAGAGACUUCUAGUCAGGAAGCAGCACCCACAGUGACCAUCUGGGAACAGAGCCUCUCAUCAGCUACACUUGGGGCAGAUACUAAGCCCCUGGAAGGGCACUGGUCAGAGACUCGAGAACAAGACGCUGGACUGAAGGCCAUAUGGGAGCCAGCUGUGCAGAUCUCGUGUGGCCUGGCAGAGCAGGCAGCCAUUGAGAAGCUGAGGCCUGAGAGUGACUGGAACCUGGGUUUACAGGAGUUCCCGUGGGGACGGCAAACCCUGGCCGUGUCAUGGCUAGGAAGGACAGGAGACGCUGCCUAUCAGAGCACUUGCCACUUGGGCCUGUUCAUGGACCUGCAGGGCUGCCAGGCCGCCAUGUCUAGCCCCUCCUGUGAGAGGAUACACACCCUGGAAGGGGUGCUGGUGCUUGUCGGCCACCUUGUAGAGAAGCUGGUCUUGUGCCCUCAGAGGCUGAGCCAGGCUGAACCCUUGGGGACCAAGGUGGUACAAGUCCAAAGCUGGGUGUUGGAGGAGCUGCCUGGGGCCCUGACUCCAAAGUACUGGACUCAAGCCCCAAGGAAGAUACUGGCUUUGAGGAGUCUUGACCAGGGGCCGCCUGGGGAGCUGGAGAGUAGAGAUAAGGCUUUCCUCCUGGGGAAGAUUCCAGAAGAACUGAGCUGGAGGCCAUGGUGGGCAGAGGUCAUGGAGAACUGGAGUCUUAGGAAGCCAGAGCAUAGCAAGAGGAAUGAGGAGAAAAGGGACCAGUGGGAACAGCUGGAACAGGGCCACCAGGAACAGGACCUUGUGGACAGCUUCCUGGCAGCUGGGGAACAGGACAGCGUUGGACAAGGCUGGCCUAGCUAUAACUGGGGGAAACGUGGGCUUUACCACAAGCUCUCCACCGUGUUCGAGCCAGGGCUCUCCAGUGGCCAGAAACAGCCCAAUAGCGUGGUCAGAACAAGGAAUACAGAAGGGACAAGUACACCAGUGGCCAGAGGCAGGCCCAAGGUCCAGGGAGCCUUGGCAGCACGGGGAGCCAUGAUGGUUCGUGUUGGAGGUGGUUGGGCGGCUCUGGAUGAGUUUCUGGUAAAAAAUGACCCAGUCAGAGCAAAGGGGAGAACCAGUCAGAAGAUCCACGAAAGGUUCCUGUGCUGGACUCCUAGUGUGUCAGCUCCUGGGGUCAUCACCCUGAGGCUCUGGACCUCCAUCGGAAUGAGCUCUAGCAGACCCCUGUCUCUGAAGACAGGGCUGCAAAUUGGCAAAGAACACAGAGACCCCAGCUCCUACAAGGUCAAAACCUCAGAGCAGCCCACUGAGGAGAAGCUGUGA